CGGCAAUCCAAAAAUCCUCUAUGUUGCUCAAAAUCUCUGGUGAGGCUGGUCAGCAGUUUACGUUGAUCUGCACUCUAUUCAGGGAUCAUUUAACUUUAUCGUCGGUCAGCCUUCGUAAUCCGUAAUUGGAACAACAUUUAGGGACGGAGGGAGUAUAUUAUUGUGGUCAAACAUGUGACAAAACAAUCCAACAAGAAGACAAGAAGUCGAAGACAACAUGCAGUGACUAUAUGCACAGGCGUCACAAUUAGAAGUACACAUCAAGAAAUAGUUAUGAGGAGAGAAAAUAUUGAUCAAAUUGUUGAAGUUGGUGGUAUUGAUGAGGAGACGGUGAAGAAGAAGCCAAUGACGGCAGCUAAUAGGGACAGUGGUUGGGAGUCAAGAUCGGCGGUGCCGAUAGUAGCGAUGGUUGUCGUGCAAGUGAUAUUGGCCGGAUCACAAAUUCUUACCAAAUUGGCUAUCAAUAAGGGAAAGCAAGUAUUUGCCAUAUUGACUUACCGUCACAUGGCUGCCACACUUUGUAUUGCCCCCUUGGCUUUCCUCUUUGACCGAAUGGAGACUCUGAAAUUGGACAGUCGAUGGGGGCGAUUUAAAAUAGUAGGUGGAUUCCUUUGUGUUGGAGAAGCUCUGGUUAUUAGUCAAACCGAGAGGUUGUUUUCGGGACGGAGGGAGUAUAAGGGAAUAUCCUUGCCGUUCUUUCAUCUAAACUCUCAACAUUGGAGCGUGUCACCAUUUUAUUGGUUUCAAGUUGUCUCGGUUAUGACAUAUGGUUUAUUGCACAGAAUCUCCAAAGGCUUCUUUUAAGAUCUGAUCUAUGUAUUGACUGUCCAGGCACGCACGGUCUACAAAUAUUUUUGUUUCUAUAACUCCCUCAAGAGGCUGCUGAAGAGGUAGAUCAACCAAAACUUACUCCGGUGAAGAGACGUCGUGGUACUGUCCCCAGGAGCUCCCCCCCACACAGCUCCAAGAAGAAGAAGCCCAAGCCAAAUGAGAGUGAAGAAGAAGGAGAUACAAAAGCAAAGCGAAAGGCAACUGAAGUGCUAGAAGAACAAAAGUUGACUCCCCAGAAAAAACAUCUCGCAGCAGUUUCAAGAAGGUCCCCGCGAUUCAUGCAUAUGAAUAAUCUUCCCGAGGAGAAUGUAGUUAGAGCAGCUAAUAACGCACCAUUAAGUGAAGCAUCACGAGAAGAGGUUGUGAGUGAACUAGGUGGUACUAAAACAAAGUUGAAGGUUGAACCUCCUCACCUCAAGGAAGAAGUCAUUCCAGAGAAGUUCAUUGAAGUUGAAGGUGGAUGUGUUGGAGUUGUUAAAGAACAUGCAAGGGCUAAGAUGAAGAAGUCAAGGCAACCACCGGCAAGGAAACUAAUAAUGCAAAGAACUACAAGGUUUGCUGCCGAAAAAAGAAAAGAGCAAAGCAAUAGCAUGAAGAUGUUUUCUAUGCUAGUUGACAAAUGCCUAGGAGAUGGGUACAUGGUCGAACAUGAUGCUGAAAUAUUCGGGUUUGCAACUAAAUCUAUUUUCAAUAAGGAUGUGUGCGGCCUUGUAAUCAACUUUGAGUAGGUGAACAAUUCUGUUGUAGAAAUCUGGUCUAGGCACUUGCAUGAGAAGAUGCUUCAAGAUGGAGGUAAUAUGCCAGUCCAAUUUGGCACGUCUGCUGCAGUACCUGUACCAUUGAAAUCCUCAGAUGUGUCCAUUACAAGGAGGUCUCGAUAUAUAGCAGAUCUUUUGGCUGUUGGUUUGCUUGGCCAAAUCACGCUAAUCCCUUAUAAUACAUGCAAUCAUUGGGUGUUAGUAGCUAUUGAUAUUACGGCAUGGACAGUGUACUAUUUGGACUCAAUUGGAGAGAAGCCAUCAGAAGAUCUGUCACUAAUUGUGAACCAGGGAGUGAAAAUUCAUCAUGCCUCGGUUUCUAAGAAGAGGUUAUCUCUGAAUUGGGUAACAGUCAUGUGCCCUAAGCAAACUGGUUCUAUGGAAUGUGGAUACUUCUUGAUGAAGUACAUGAGUGACAUUGUUUGUGAUGUUAAUGUCCUGAAAAAGAAUUUCUCAACAAUAAAGAACUACUCUGAACAAGACAUCUUGCAAGUGCGUGAGGAGUGGGCAGCAUAUGCAACAAAAUUGGUCCUAAAAUGCGGUUGAUUUUGAAUGGUGGUCUGGUGAAGAUCAAUUCUUGUACUUUUGGUGUGAAGGAAUAUGUGCAACUGUUUUGCCUGUUACAUUGAAAACUUCAUGUUGAAUUGUAGGUUCAUGUUUUGUGGAAUGUAAAACUAUUAUGCAAUGCCCCGGUUAAUUGUGGCGUCAUUUUUGCUUGAAACUGAAAACAUGCACCCAUUUUGUUGUGGAAGUUGUAACCUAACAUGAAGAAUUAACAAUGAUGACUUAACACUAUU